AUGGCGUUUGAAGAAGAGUUUGCCAGCGGUAGACGACCAUAUCGUGUCGAAAAUCGAGCACCAAGGGAUUACCCCCGAUUUUGGGAUGAUCCUGAUGGACCAGAGGGAUAUACACCCUCUACGAUUGGUGAGCCUGAUGAUCUUGAGCCUCCUGGUGCGAGCAGCCAGGGCGGCAACCGGAGGGGCAUUGAGCAAAGCUAUCGGACGGAUAGGACAAGCAGACAAGGACCUUCUGGCGGAGGACGUGGUUACGAUAUGCGAGAUCGCGCGCCCGUUUCAGGUACCUUGUCGCGAUUCACCCGUCGAAGCAAGGCUCGCUAG